AUGAUGCUAGCGACAAACCUGUUGCUCAGAGGAGCGAAGCCACGAGCCGUUGCUCGGUGGGCUCGAGUGACGGCGGCAGCGUCAUCGGCGACGAUUCACGCUUCACCGUCUGCCCCCUGGUGUCGUCGAUGGGGCAGUACCCGUGCUGCGGCGUUGGACUCGGCCGUGUUGAAGCGCCUGCUGGAUGCCAACAACUGGGAGUCGCGAGACGCGCUGCGAGACCUCCUGGCCACUGGGGCCAUGGUGCCGCGCUACAACAUUCCGCUGGCGGAGGAACGCGACCUGGCCUUGCGUCGGCUCCAGAUUGUGUGCGAUGCCGGGUUCAUCUCCGUCAAGGACUUCGUGCGCAACCCGCUGCAGAUCUUCGCGGCUCACGAGUUGUGCGCUGUCGUCGACCCGUCCAUGGCCACCAAGAUGACGGUCCAGUUUAACUUGUUUGGCGGCACGGUGCUCAAGCUCGGCACGAAGGCCAAGCACCACGACCGGCUCCUGGACGCCAUCGACUCGUUGGACGCCGUCGGGUGCUUUGGACUCACGGAGCUGGGCUUUGGCAACAAUGCCGUUGAGAUGGAGACUGUGGCCCGGUUGGACAUGUCCCGACGCGAGUUCUGCCUGUCGUCCACGACGCCGUUGUCAUGGAAGUACUGGAUCACCAACGGAGCCGUGCACGCCCAGUGGGCCGUUGUGUUUGCCCAGCUGGAGAUGCCGGAUGGACAGCGACAUGGGAUUCACGGCUUCCUCGUGCGGAUCCGCGACGACUCAAUGUGCGUACUGCCGGGCAUCCGCGUCGAAGACAUGGGACUCAAGAUGGGACUCAACGGAGUGGACAACGCCAAGCUGCAUUUCAAGGACGUGCGAGUGCCGUUGGAUGCGCUGCUGGACCGGUACUCGCGCAUCGACGAUCAGGGCCGCUUCGAGUCGGACAUCAACGGUAUCCGCAAGCGGUUCCUGGCCGUGGCAGACCAGUUGCUGAGCGGGAGACUAUGUAUAGCCAGCAUGUCGAUAGGAGCUGCUAAAGCCGCGCUGACCAUCGCAGUGAAGUAUGCGUCGACGCGGUUGACGGCGGGUCCGAGUGGCAAGUCGGACACUCCUAUCCUCAACUAUCAGGUGCAGCAGCUGGCACUCAUGCCUUUGCUGGCGCGAACGUACGCACUAAACUUUGGACUGAACGCCGUGCAGGAGCGUUGGGCCAACCAGGCUGCUGACGGAUCGGAGCAUGCCGAGGUGGUGCGUUUGUGCUGCGUUCUGAAACCGCUGGCGUCGUGGCACGUGGAACGCGUGGCGUCCGUUUGUCGCGAGCGUUGCGGAGGCCAGGGCUAUUUGUCGUGCAACAAGUUCGGAAACUACAUUGGGUUGGCGCAUGCCGCCAUGACGGCGGAGGGCGACAAUUGCGUGCUCAUGACGAAGGCGGCCAAAGAGCAGUUGUCGGCUUUUCGUGGGAGUGACGCGUGGGCGUCGGCCAUGCGUGGCGAGGUGAAGAACGCGUCGACGCUGUACGCUCUCUUGGCCAAGCGCGAGCACGACUGCUUCGUUGAGCUGGGCAGCAAGACCAAAGCAGCCGGACAGAAUGUGUACGACAUGUGGGUCAAACACGAGGCGGCGUUGGUGCAGGAUGCGAGCACGUGCUUUGGCGAGCGCGUGUGCGCGGACGCCUUUGUUCGCGUGCUUGACGAGUUGCAGGCCAGUCGCGGACCGGACGAUCCUUCGCUGGCGGCUCUGCGCGCCAUCUAUCUCUUAUUUCUGGCGUCAAUCGCAAAGCGGGACCUGGCCAAGCAUCUUAUGGCGGGCAACGUGUCGUUGGAGCAGGCCAGGGACCUGGUUGGCCUGGAGGCUGACCUGUGUCGCGGAAUGGCCGAGAUGGCCGUGCCGCUGGUGGAUGCGUUUGCCACGUCUCAGGCGAUGCUGUCUGCGCCGAUCGCGGCCGAUUGGACUGCCUUCAACCAAGCUGACAAUCAAGGCGAAGUGGCUGCCUCACCUCUUCAACUGUAG